CUGCUGGCGAGAUUGACAAAAAUACAGGGAGAGAGAAAGAGAUAGAGACUACGGUUAGUUUGUUAUUAUCUAUAUUCAAACCUCUUAUGCUCCUUUAGAACGUAGACGGUAUUCUGAUAGACCACGAGAUGAUUCUCGCUAUGAGAGAAGAUCUCGCCAUGAUGACUACGAUAGGCGUUCACGUCGUGAUGACCGCGAGAAGGAUUACGAUCGCUACGACAGGCGAGACAGAGAUAGAGAGCGCGACCGCGAUCGCGACAGAUACGCUGACAGAAGACCACGUAGAUCAGAUAGGGAUGAUAGGAGAAGAGAGCGUGGGAGAGAUGACAGGGACCGCAGCUAUGGUACACCAAGAAGACGUAGUCCAACCCCAGAAGGUAUUCUUCCAUUAUCCCAGCGUAAAAAGCAGAGAAGUUAUUGGGACAUCAAACCACCAGGUUUUGAAGGAAUUACGGCUUUACAAGCUAAAUACUCUGGUAUUUUCGCUAUGGCAGGUGUACAGCGUGCUGUAGCCUUCCCUGGUCAAUCUUCUUUCUCAAAUUUACCACCUACACUCGAGGAUUUCAAUGGUGCGAGGGCAUCUAGGAGGGUUUUCAUUGGUGAUCUUAAGCCGAAUCACAAUGAAGAGAAUCUUACGAAAUUGUUCAAUGAUAAGAUGUCAACAAUAGACCAAGUCGCAAAAAUACCAGGUGAACCUGUCGUCAAUGUCACCGUUAAGCACGAUAGAGGUUAUGCCUACAUUGAAUUUAGAAAUACAGAUGAGGCUGCCUACGCUUUGCAAUUCGAUGGAACUAUCUUCCAGGGUGAAGGUAUCCAAAUUAAGCGUCCUCAGGAGGUACUCGAUGAACUGCAACGCAAACAGGGCCACACUGUCAGUGGUACCGUUCCUGAUUCUGAUCAAAAGAUCUUCGUUGGUAGUUUACCUACAUUCCUUAACGAUGAACAAGUUAUGGAAUUGCUUGGUAGUUUCGGAGAAUUGCGCUCAUUUAACCUUGUCAAAGAAGGAACAUCUGACGUUUCAAAGGGAUUUGCCUUCUGCGAGUAUAUGGAUCCAGCACUUACAGAUAUUGCUAUUCAAGGUCUCAACGGUAUGGAAGUUGGUGACAGAAAGCUAGUUGUACAACGUUCAUCUACUGGUCCAAUGGGAAAGAUUGGAGUUGGUGGUACAUCAUCAAUUGCACAAAUCCUUCCAUUAGCCUCCGAAACACAAGCAUACCGUACUAACGUUUUAUUGCUUCUCAACAUGGUCACAGCUGAAGAACUCAAAGAUGAUCUCGAUUAUCAAGAAAUUUGUGAAGAUAUUCAAGAAGAAUGUUCACAAUAUGGUGAAAUAAUCAAGAUAAAGAUACCACGUCCACCAAGACCAGAUGAUCCAGUAUUUAGCACACCAGGUGUUACCUUAUCAUCUGGAGAAGAUUUACGAUUCGAAGCCGCUUCUGAAGAACUUGGUGUUGGUAAGAUCUUUAUCUUGUACAAGACUGAAGAACAGGCUAGUAAAGCCUUGAAGGCCUUAGCAGGUAGAGUAUUUGGUGGUCGUACAGUAAUUGGAGCAUAUGGCAAACCUGAGGAUGUUGAAGAUGCACCACUCCCACCAGAACUUCCUAACGAUGAUGCACCAUUACCACCUGAUGAAGCAAUUCCACCGCCACCACCACCAGUAUAA